AAGCAAUAAACGUUAUGAGUUUCACUGGUAAAGUGGCUAUCGUGACUGGUGCUGGCUCUGGGAUAGGAGCUGUUACUGCCAAAGAACUUGCAAGAGAAGGCGCUAAGGUAGUCCUGGUAGAUAAAAACGAAGAAAAUCUUCAAGACGUUGCUAAUGAUUGCGGACAAUAUGGGAAGAAACCUCUCAUCAUUAAAGCAGAUGUUACUAAAGACGAUGAUGUCAAACACAUCGUAAAAGAAACUAUCGAGAACUUCAAUCAGUUAGAUAUACUGAUCAAUAAUGCAGGUAUUGGCAACAGAUCAACCAUAUUCGAUGAAAACCUUAUGGAACAAUUUGAUCAAGUAAUGAACACCAAUCUGCGCUCCAUGGUUCAUUUGACGCACCUCGCCGCUCCUUAUCUGAUCAAGACUAAAGGUAACAUCGUUAAUACGUCGAGCGUCUGUGCUUUACGACUCCUUAAAGGGAAAUCCCUCCUGGCAUAUUCUGUUUCAAAAGCAGGCGUUGAUCACUUCACGCGCUGUGUAGCUUUGGAUCUAGCUCCUCACGGUGUCAGAGUGAAUGCUGUGAAUCCUGGGCCUGCUAAUACGAAUUUAAUCAAAGACAAAGAAAUGUGGACGGACUGCAGUGCGUUCAAAAGGUUGUUGGAGCCUGAAGAGAUAGCAGAUGUGAUUCUGUUCCUGGCCAGUGAUAAGGCUAGGAGCGUUACUGGAUCGACGUACGGUUGUGAUAACGGGGCACUCUUGAUAUAA